UCAUCGGGCAAUUGACAUCGAAAUUUUUUCUUCAUUCAACUAAAUUUUAUAAGUGCUGACAAAUCAUUAUAAACAGUUUAUAUAUUUUUUAUACUGACAAUUUAAUUUAAAAACGGAGUAGAAGUUUUAAGUACUCAAGUGUCCUAUUUCUCGAUAAUGGAGAAAGAGCAACUUGAUUCCCUGGCUACUGUUACCGUGGGAUCAGAGAAGAUUCCGCCACCUCACAGUCAUUAUGCACCCAGUGAAGUUUAUUCUUCAUCAGAAUCACCUCCGGCAUACUCAAGACCAGUAAUGAAGAGUACCGCCGUUCAGAUCGCAAAGAUAAUCGCCACAACUUUGAUAGCCAUUUCCGUUAUCAUCGGCAGCUUUAUUUUAGCCGCAGCUUGGCUUCAAGCUCGCGCAUCAUGCAGUCCCGAGGCUAUCAAUGCUAUGCAGACCCAAAUAAACAGCCAACAGCAGCCGAGCGAAUUCAUCAAACACCUGCAACCCGAAGCUCUUGUUCAGGAUCCCAUUGACGCUAAACAGAACAUUGGCGAGUCAUCCGUAAAAACGAAACCAAUUCCAUCAGAUCCUAAAGAGGAAGAAACUCAAACUGAUAAUCAGGAUGAUUCGAAAGCUGACAAUGAAAGUGGAAAUGACAAUGAAAAUGAGGAUGACUACAGUGACUCGGGAUUUUCACCAGUCCACAUUAAAUUCCCGCUCCAACUUGAUUUGGAUGAUCUCGCAAAUACUCUUAUGCAGCAAUCCCGUGGUCUCGUAUCAUGUGUAGUCGAACGUCGUAGAUCUGACGACUUUAACGAUGGUAAUAAUCAAGUAGACAACAAUAAUAACAACAACAACAACAAUGAUUACCAACGUCACCAACGUCUUGGUGGUGAGCGCGUGGUCAUUCUCUGUGAAUCCGGAGAACCUCGUCGACAAGAACAACAGGAACAGGAUCUUCUUACUCCAAUUAUUGUUCCGCUUGGCAACAUCCAGAUUCCGAUGCAACCUCACGAACAAGACUACCACCGUUACCAAGUUCAAAACCAGUUUCCCGCACCCGAUGCACAAAAUCCGUCAUUUGUGAAUGCGCGUAGAAUAAAUCAAUUGGAACAAAGUCUUGGUUUACCUGAAAUAAGAAACAUCCAGCAGAUGUUGGGAUUGGGAUCACCGCAAAUCCCACAACAGAUUAAUAACAAUCAACAAAUGGAAUUACGUCCGUUCCCAAUUGAAAUUCGUACUCUACCAAUUGAAAUGAUCCGCGGGAUGAGACCGCCAAUGAACCAGAUGCAACAACAUCAACCACAACCACAACAACAACAGCCACAGCACCAACCCCACCACCCAAUGUUCCCUCAAGAACCAAGUGAGCAAGUGUACUCUCAAGAACAACAAACCCAAGGAAUGAUGCCACCUCCACCACCACCGGCAUCACCUGUUAUGCCAGAAAUGAACCGUGAACCCAGAAUCAUACCACAAGUCCACAUCAUCCAGCAACAGCUUGAACAAAAACCUACACAACCUCAAGAAGCUCGUGAUAAACCAAACUUCCCUUUCCCAGGGUUACCAAUUGAUAUCAUAAGAUUUAUUCAACAAGUGCCGCUUAAAAUUAAAAGCAUUAUUCAACAUAUUGAUGAAGAAAUGAAACCAGAACAAGACAUUGACAGAACUCGACAAGAGCAAGUUCAAGAGUUUAAACCUUUUCCAAUGAAUGCUCGCCCUGUUCAAUUCAAUGGACCAAUCCGUCCAAUUGAAUUGAGAAAUCUCAUGGAGCAUGAAAGCAUCGAAGCUCACCGUCAGGAAAACUUAGAGGGGCAGCAACAGUCAACAAAACUUACUGCUGAUUCUGAAAGUCAAGAAGAAAACAAAGACGAUGAAGAUAAGAAGAAAAUAGUUGUACUUCCCGAGAGAAGUUUUAUCCACCGAAUCGAAGAACGUUUAUUUCCUAGACCGCAAUUUCCAAUGCCCUUGAGAUCUUUGGAAACAUUCCAGGUACCCAUUGGAGUGAGUGCUCGCGUAAUGGGUAAUUCAGACGAACAAGAAGACAACAAAGAACAGAACCAACCACUACAAGCUCAAGUUAUGCCUCAAUCUGAUGAACAGGAAGAUAUCAAUCGUCCCCAUUAUGUUCAACCACGUUCUGUUCGUUAAAUUCCUAAUGCCUCAUAAAAUUAUCAUAAAAAAGAAUCCUUUAGUCGUUAAAUAUUAAAGUAAAAUAAAAAAAAUUUAUAUAUAUAUACAUAAAGUACUAUUUUUAUUAGCAGGAUUCAUAAAUAAAAUUAACAUUAAAGAUGCAUUCAAGGAUACAAGCAUUAAAAAGUAUGUAAAUACACCUACUAUUCGUGAUGGAAAUAGGAUACAAGUGAUACUAUUAUUUUGUGUAAUAGAUUUAUCUGUUGAUCAUUUAAUAUUUUAUCAAGUUUAAGACAACAAAAUACGUAGAAUUAGUUAUUUACCAUGGAAAUUGCUUUUACUAUAUAAUAAUUUUUGAAUAAAAAAUAAUAACUAAUGUGAUAAA